GACAGGGAGAGCUAGAGGUGGCAGUGGUCAAAGCGGGUCUCAGAUAUCAGCACAGAGAGGAGUCUCAAGGCAGCUGCUCUUUGCAGGUCUGAUGUCCCAUUCAAAGGCUGGUUGCAUUCGCUGAAUAUGACCCUGCCUCUCCGCCGUGUAGGAAUGGCCACUACUGGGAACCUGUCAGAAGAGCAGGUGCACUGCUCCAUCUGUUUGGACGUCUUCACCAACCCUGUGUCCAUUCCGUGCGGACACAACUUCUGCCAAGGCUGCAUCCUGGGAUACUGGAAAACAAGCCCUUUGUAUCAGUGUCCCAUGUGCAAGAAGUCCUUCCACAAAAGGCCGGAUAUCAGCGUGAACACGGUCCUGAGGGAAAUCGCAGAGCAGUUCAAGCAGAUAAGAGUUAAAAGCACUGAAGGAAAGGGACGUGGAGAAGAAGUGGUGAAUAAAACAAAGAGAUGGGCAAUGGAGAGAAAGGUAAAGGAGGAUGAGGAGAGGCUUUUGGAGAAAAAUCAGAAGCAGCACCUUAUGGAGGAGCUGAAACAGAAGCAAGAAAAGAGAAGAGAUAAGCAGGAGGCGAAGAAGAGUGAAGGAGAGGAGCUACCGCCACUAAUCCCACCAGUUCUGGCCUCUAAAACCUCUCCUCCACCAUCACCUCAAGAUUCACCUCAAGCCUUAACACUUCAAGCAUCACCUCCACUCUCACCUCACACAACUUUUCCUUCGCUUCCUCAACCCUCACCAACAUCUCUGACCCCUCCUCUCCCAUCUUCUUCCUGGGAGGAGGUCCUUUGUGAUGUUUGCUUAGGCGAAGGCCGCCCAAAAGCCAUCAAAUCCUGCCUUGUGUGUCUGACUUCUUACUGUGAUGAGCAUCUCAAAUCCCACACUGCCAGGUUCACCAAGCACAAGCUGAUAGAGCCUGUGGCCAACAUGGAGGACAGGAUGUGCCCCAAGCACGAGCGUCUCCUGGAGCUCUUCUGUAAGAAAGAUCAGACCUGCGUGUGCGUCCUCUGCACUGAGACCGACCACAGGGCGCAUUAUACCGUUCCUGUGGAGAGAGAAUGGUCUGAGAAGAAGGCGCUGCUGAAAAAGACAGAGAUCGACGUCCAGCAGAUGAUCCAGGAGAGAGUGAAGAAGGUGGAGGAGAUCAAACAAUCUGUAGAGCUCAACAAAGUCAGUGCCAGAAAAGAAAUUGAGGAGAGCGUGCAGGUCUUCUCAGAGCUGGUGCGCUCCAUCCAGAAGGCUCAGUCCGAGCUGGUUUUGGUCAUUGAGGAGAAGCAGAGGCAAACGGAGAGGUGGGCAGAGGGCCUCAUCAACGAACUGGCGCAGGAAAUCUCAGAGCUAAAGACAAGGCACACAGACCUAGAAAACGUGGCUAGGACUGACCAUAUUAACUUCCUGAAAAGCUUUCCAGUCUUAAGCGCCACCCCGUCUGUUAAAGACUGGUCUGGAACCAAUGUUGCCACUGACGUAUGUAUUGGCAUGAUCCGGAGAUCUGUGUCUAAACUGGAGACAACACUAGAGGAAAUUAUUGACAAGUUGUCUGAUAGUGAGAUUAACAAAAUUCUAAAGUAUUCAGUCGAUGUAACACUGGACCCUGACACAGCCAACCCAUGGCUCCAGCUCUCUCAGGACAGACACCAGGUGAGGCAUCUAGGAGCCUGGCAGGAGCUUCCAGACAACCCUGACCGCUUCGACACAGUGGUUAUAGUACUCGGCCGAGAUGGUUUCACUUCUGGACGACACUAUUGGGAGGUGCACGUGGGGGAAAAGGAUGACUGGUAUCUCGGUUUGGCUAAGUCUUCUGUCAAAAGAAAGGGUAGGAUCUCUGUGAGCACAACUCAUGGUUAUUGGGCUCUGGCCAUGAAGAAAGGCCAAGGCUAUCGAGUGUCAACAUCUCCGCCACUGCUGCUCUCCCUUGAACCGAAGCCAAAGAGAGUUGGUGUCUACGUCGAUUACGAGGAAGGACAAGUCUCUUUUUAUGACAUAAAAGCUCGGACCCAUAUUUACACUUUUGAGGAUACUUUUACAGGGAAGAUUCUGCCAUUUUUCUACCUGUACUGUUGUGACAAAGCCUCUGACACAAUGGUGAUAUGUCCCGUACAGGAGAAAAGCCUCAUCAAGUAACAGUGAGAAUAUAUGUUUCAUCAUGAACAUGAAAAUCCUGGAAGAGGCUUGGGUUGCUGAAAUGCUCACCUGAUUUUAAUUAUAUUCCAGUUCAACGUAUUAAUGCUGAGUGUUAUAGAAGAGGUGCAUACAAGUACUCAGUAGAUAGAUGCUGUUUCAGAAGAAUUAUCAUGACGUUUUUCUGGUGAAAGAUGGUGGAGCUCUGAAUUGGAGGUUGGCUUAAAGCUCAACACUCUGUGUCUACAUUUAAGACUUUUAUUAAGAGUUGUUCUUGA